CUCUCCAUAAGAACCAUGUCUUUGGAGGAGAUUCAGUCCUUGUGGGAAGUGCCGUGUAUUGCGCAUUUCUGCUCCUUGUUUAGAUCAGCAUUCGACCUCCCAGACUUUGAUAUUGAGGACUUGGAGGAAGCACUACUAGACUCGACAAAGGAGGAAAAUGUCUUCUUUUUGACAGAUUUAAUGUGUAAAAUCUUGAGGGGAUACUAUGGCAGAGAUGAUAUUGAAACCUAUAAUUGUGAGGUUUUCCUAAAAGACACUUUGAAGUACAACUGGGAAAUGUUAGAGAAAAGGGAGGAGAACCCACUUGCAAAUGCAGAAUUUAAGGAUCUUCCUCUGAGGACUAAAGUAGAGAUUUUACAGUGCCUGUGUGAUUAUAGACUUGAUGCCACUGAUAUUCUGGAUCAGCUGAAGGGAUUUGAUGGUGAUAAUAUGAGAAUAGAACCUCUGGGAAAGGAUGCUGUCGGAGCAAAAUACUGGUACUUCUACGGGAGUCGCCUCUAUAAAGAAGACCCAGAGCCUGAGGAGGUUAAACAAAAAAGUAAGAAAAAAGAAAAGAAAAACAAGGGAGAAAAUAAAAAGAAGAAAAAACAGAACAAGAAAGAGGAAACAGUGAAAACCUCAAGAGGACGAAAAGUAAAGAAAGCUAUUAAAGAGGAGGAAAGUAGUGAGGAAAAUGAAGAGGAAGAGGAGGAGGAGGGGUCAGAUUCAGCCUCAGAUGAUGAGGUCAGUUUGUCCCAACUGUCCAGUAGAUCCACUCCAAGGGGCAGAAAGAAAAUAAAAAAUGAUGAAAAUAAAACACCUGGCAGGCAGAAAGGGAGAGUGGCAGAAUUGAAAGACAGUGAGGAAACCCCUGUACGGAGAAGUAGCAGAGGACGCCUUCUUACAAAAAAGGGACCAUUGUACAGUGACAGUGAACAGAGCCCAGCUCCAAAGCAGAAUGUCAAAAACAGAAUGACUGUGCCCACCAAUUCUGGUAGGAGGAGCUCACGUAGAUCUACUGCAGCAGUAGAAAAAGAGAUUAACAGUGAUUCAGGAAUUGAGGAGGAAAAUGAGGAUGAGAGCAAUACCCCAAGGUCCUCAAGGAGGAAUUCUUUGUCAAGCAUGAAUGACACAAACACACCUAGAUCUCGAACUGGAAGAAAACAAACAUUGGUUCCAAGAGAGGGUACUCCUGAAAUGCCACCAAUAGUUCAACGAGGAAGACCUCGGAAGAAAAACAGCAACAACAAUGCAUCUACUCCAUUCCAAUCAUCAUCCAGACUUUCAUCUCGCUGUAAUUCUGAGGACAGCAUGGCUCAGACUGAGGUUAGUGUUGCUCAUUCUGAGGACAGCUUGGCCCAGGCAGAGGACAGCAUAAUCCAGGCAGAGGACAGCAUGGGCCAGACUGAGGACAGCAUGAAUCAGGAUGAGAAAAACAUGGCCCAGGUUGAAGACAGCAUGAAUCAGGCUAAGGAUAUGGUCCAGGGUGAAGACAGUACACCCCAAAUUGAGGACACCAUGGUUCAAGAUGAGGACACUUCAGACAGCAGUGAAAACAAAUGCAGUAGAAAAGGAAAUGUUAAUGAAGUUCAUGAGAAAAUGGAAGUCAAUGGAGACACAAAAGAUCCUGUCGCUGAAGAGAGAUCCGAGAGCAAAGAGGACAAAGAUACGACAGAGAAGAAUGAGGAAAUUCCUCAAGAAAAUGGGGAAAAUAAACCAGUCAAAGAGAGCACAGAGACUGAAAAGGAAGAUGGAGAGGAUGAGGCAAAUGAAGAAGAUGAAGAUAAGGAUGAUACUAAGUCAGAAUUCAUGGAAGAUAUCAAGGAGGAGACAACUCUUGAUGGUGAAGAUAUAAAGGAGAUUCCCAGGAAACUACGAGCUAGAGCCACAGCAGACAGCACCAGUAUGGUCAGUGAGGGCACUGAUAAAAUGACUCCAAAGAUGGAAGUCAAUGAAAAAAAAGAACGCCAGCCAUAUCCAAAGAGACCACUGAAUCCAAACGUUCGCUGGCACCUGAUCUGUGUGGAUAUGGAUGACUGGGAAGGGUUAGCAGAAUCACUGAAGGAUAGCAAGGUCAAAUGUGAGCGUGACCUUUACAAAUGUAUUGUGGAGGACUUCUUACCAGCCAUUCCUGACAUCAUUGAGGCCAGGCAUAAAGAGAAACUCCGACGAGAACAAGAGAAUAUGCCUCGACGAAUGUCUUAUAGAAUUGAGCUCAAGCGACGUGAGCAAAUGGAACAGGAGAAGAUUUUGGCUGAGGCCAAAGCUGAAGAGGAUAGACAGAGGCAAGCUGAGGAAGAGGAAAAGAGGAAGAAACUUGAGGCAGAGAGAGAAGAGGAGGAAAAGAAAGCUCGAGAGGAAAGACAAAGGGCAAGAGAGGAAAGGGCCAAGAGAUUAGAGUUGAGGGAACAAAGAGCUGCCCUCCUGGCUGAGGGGAAAGAAAUCCCCCCAGAGCUGAUGUAUGUUGCCAAUACUGGUCACAGCAAAUAUGUGGAUGAUCAUGACAGUUACACUAACAGAGUAGAACUAGAUGAAGAAGUUGUGGAGGAGAUGAAUAAAGUGUUGGAAAUGGUGAAAGCCCACAAAGAUGCCUGGCCAUUUGAGGAACCUGUCACAGAGGAAGAUGCACCUGGCUACCAUGACAUCAUUAAGAGACCUAUGGAUUUAUCCACCAUUGAGAAGAAGCUGACUAAUAGAGUAUACAGAAGCAAGAACAGAUUUGUCCAGGACUUGAACUUAAUGCUGGACAAUUGUCGACAGUUCAAUGGGGAAAAUAGUGAGCUUGGGGAGAUGGCAGCAAGGCUACAGAGAUUUGUCAAUAGAAUUGUGAAGCAGCACUUGGAGAAACAUGUAGGUGCCUAUGAGAAUGACGAAGAUUUCCGGAUCAGUCGAUGCGAGGGCAGCGUGGAGAAAAGGUACCGCCCCAAACGUGGAGCCAGUUCCAGAGCUCGAGACACACUCCGACGGGCAAUGGACGAUGAAGAAUUUGAUCAUCUCACUAUGGAUGAUGAUGACUCCAGAAGUAGUAGUCCUAAGCCUGUCAGAGUCAAUAAAAACCGACUCAUCCCAGAGUUGUCUUCAACUGUUAACCUUAGAGAAUUGAUCAAAAGGCCUCUGAUAAUCAAUCCCAACUCAAACAGCAAAUUAGAAUGGGACCCAGAGAAAAAGGUUGUUCGAUUAAAUGGGCAGAGUCCUUUAAAUCCACAGUUUGUGUCCCGUGGGGAGAAUCCACAGUUUGUAGCAAAAGAGGAAUCCAAGAAGUUCUCCCCAUACCAGGUGAAAUCAGGAACAAAGAACAACUGUUUUAUCAUGGACCAGUCUGGAAAUCUUCAACACUCUAUUGUACACAAUGGGAAAACCUUCAUCUUUCAACAGAAGCCUACUAAAGUAUCGACUAAAACUGUCACGCCUGUCCCACAGAGAAGUCUCUUGUCAGCCGUGUCUACAGCCCAGAAAACACCAGAAAAGUCACCAGGUCAGUCUGAAAUCCUGGCAGGUCAUGGACAGAGUGGAGGCACCAUGAAGGUCAAUCUACCCAUCACCCAAUCAGCCUUGACCCCAGGGAACCAGUUUGUGGUGCAGACCCCACAGGGACCUAAAACCAUACGUAUUGUCUCCACCACUAACCAAGCACAGACCACCUCCACCAUUCUGCCUACAGUGGUGACCAAGCCUCAGGCAACCACAACGACAUCAGGGGAGGGCAUCAAAGUGUCCGGGGGAAUGCUUGUCCUUGAUGGACAGGUCACAGGAAUUCCUGUGUCAGGAAAAACCAAGAUAAUUUAUAAAGCUCCAGCUGGUGUGGGUUCUCCUGGAGUAUCCUCAGGGAAAACUAUUGUUAAACUGGUCACCACUCCAGAUGGCAAUAAGAUUUUACAGAAUGUAGGACAACCUGCCAUUAUCAAAGCCAUGGCAACACAGCCUUUAAGGCCAGCCACCCAAUCACAGCCAGCCAUCAUACAGGCUCCACCCACAAAUCAAGCCAUCAUCCAGUCCCCAUCCAUCAGAACCACUUCCCCCGUGGCUCAGCCAAACCCUCGGGGGCGUCUCCUACCAGAGCUUUCAGCAGAGUCAGGCUUCAGUGGCUUUGUUCCAAGCAGGCUUGAGGGAGUGGAUAAACCCUCAACAGAAACUCCUCAGAGUUCUGUGGCUGCCACCCUGGUUAAGAAUCUGGGUGCCACACCCAUACAUAGCCAAGCCCAGAAUGUGAUUCUCAGUAUGUUGCCAGGCAGUGACUUACUUUUGCCUACCCCUGUACAGAAUAUUAAUAAAUACAUUGAUGAUGAAGUGUAUGCAAAUGUAAGUGGGGAUCAGAAUAAACAAAAUUUGUCCAACAGAGACUCUGUAACAAAUGAUCAAAGUGUGAUUAAUCAGGCGAUCAUAAGUACGGCCAGUGUUAGUGUACCACAGAAACGGAAAUUAGAGAGCUCCGACAGUGAGAUACCACCCAAACUCUGGCAGGGAAGUGACACAGUAAUAGACAACCAGAACAUUUCUAAUGUGAAUGAGGCAUCCACCAUUUCCAGUAUACCAAUAGGGAUGUCCACUGAAUCUGUGGUUUCCAAUGUCCCUGUAGAUUCGUCGGUGCAGCUUGCAUCAAAUACACCAAUUGUUUCCAGUUUCCCAUCAGUGUCCAGUGUUCGCAUAGGAUCUAGUGUACAUUUAGUUUCCACUACUCCAAUUGUCUCAAGUGUGGGAGGCAACAUACAACUCUUAUCCUCUUUGCCAGUAGUUUCCAACAUACCUGCCAGUUCAGACAUUCAGAUUGUGCCACUAGUAACCAGUGGUGUAAACAUGACAGCACAAAACAGGCCAGUAGUUGAGUCUCCAAGUAGGAAAGGCAAUUUGUUUGACAAUUUAGAGACUCUUGUGCCAGACACUAAACCUGCCACAGUGAAAAAUGGCAUUUCUGAUCAGGAACCUCCAAGUCAAAGUUCAUCUCCACCCAAGGCUUCACCUCCUGUCUUUAAAUUAUCCCCAGAGGUGAUGAACAAAGUCUCAAUGUUUGCUGCAAAUCUCCACUCCAAUUCCCUGGCCAGCAAACUACAGGGGCUGACAAAAUCACCAACUAGAUCAGCUCCAGUUCAGAGUGUAAAUAUGGCCAACAUCUUAACCAAUCCAGUCACAGCAAACCUUACUACCAUGGCAACUGCAAUACCACAGGAACAACCAAUAUUAGUGCAUGGUGGGAAUUUGGAGGUCACUCCCUCUUCCCAGCCAGAUGUGCUUGUUACAGGGCCUCAGUUUACAACAGAGCAGUUAGUAGAAGCAGGCUUGGUACCUAAACAAGACCAUGUUUGACAGAUGGCUUAGCUAGACCAUUGUUUACUAAUCAGCUACAGCAGAGCAAGAAGAGACCAACAAGUAAUGAUCAGCAGGACUGAGGGGGAAGGAACCAGUUUAUACAGCAUAGAGGAACCAGAUAAGAUGAUAUAUCAUGUAUACAUGUUUGCAUUUUCCCAUUUGUGUUAGUGGAAAUAUGCAUUGGAAGGUGGAUGUUUGAGAACUUAAAAUUAAUUUAAUUAUUGUGAUGAUUGAGAUUUGCAUUUGUAUCUGAACAAUUUUCUCUUUAUUUGUGGUCGCAUUUGUACAUUUAAUGAAUUAUUCAGUCAUUGUUGCCUAUGGGUAAGAUAUCUGUAAUUUUGUGUGAAACUCUUAGAGAUGAAAUUAAAUGUGUAUAGACUGUGUUAAUAGCAAAUGUUUACAUGUUUACAAAUAUAUGUUGCUCCCUGAUAAUUUUAAUUGCAACUAAUUUCUCAUUGAACACUUUUUCACCACAUUAUUAAAUCUAUUUAUUUUGAUAAAUGUAAUGCUUUUUCUACAUCUUGGGUUUUUGUCACCAAUUUUUUUUUUUAAGGAAAAUAGGAAUUUUGUCAGUCUAAUGAAUGAAUGAAUUUCACAAACUUUUUUGAUAAUGUUUGAUAGAUGAUAUGGUCUUCUGAAAACUUUGCCGACCAAAAUAUUGGUGUUGUAACUGGUGUCCAGGAUAAAGUAAUCAUCAUUAUGUGUUAGGGCAUUUAUUUUUUUAAGUAAGAUUUUCUCAUAUGGAUUUUAUGACACAUCUGACUUUUUGAUCAAAUUGUGUGUCAACAGCAAAUAAAAGAUGUACAUCA